CUCCCUCUAGCAUCCAUAUAGAUAUUCUUCCCAUCACCAUGAACAAAACCAAACGCACUUCCUCUCUCAACACCACCGCCACCAUAUUCUCCACAAAGCGCAACGUCGCUCCUUCUCCUCCUCCUCCCUCCACCGCCGCCGGCGGCAGCGGCGGCGCCUUCUUCGAGUUCCCAACUUCCCCUCAGAAGCUCACAUGGGGAGAAGGGAUCAUCCACUCCGCCCACCCUCAGCACCUACUGUACAACGUCGACCUGCCGGACCUCUUCACCUGCUCCGGCUGCAAGGAGUACGGCUCCGGCAAGAGCUUUGCCUGCCGGCAGUGCGAUUUCCGGCUGCAUGAGUUCUGCGCCUUGGCUCCUCCUCGCUUGAAAGCCCAUCCCCUCCACCUCCAGCACCAGCUAUGGUUCUCUUCCAAACCAGCACCAAAAACGGGAAUCCUCCAAAAGGCCAACAAGUGCGAUGUGUGCGGGAAAGCCACCAAAGGCUACACCUUCCGGUGCAACGCGUGCAGCUACCACAUGCACCCAUGCUGCGCCACGCUCUCCGACCACAUCACCAUCUCCAUCCACCCCCACCCUCUCAAAAUCCUCCCCGCCGCCGCCGCUUCCUCUUCCGCCGCCGUCACACUCUCCACCCCCGGGAACAACAGUACCGCCAUCUCCCCCGCCGCCGCCGCCGUGGUGCUGGACAUCAGCGGCGCGUGCGGGGAGUGCAAGAGGCGCCGGGCGGGGCGCGUGUACAAGUGCACGGUCUGCGACGGAUACUACCUCCACGCGGUGUGCGCCAAGGACAUGGUGAACGGGCUGCAGGCCAACGGCAUGAAGGGGAAGGAGAAAGCGGGCAGCAGGAUGCUGGGGACGGCGGCGCGUGUGGCGUCGCAGGUGGUGAUCGAGUUCAUUGGUGGGCUCAUUGAUGGGCUUGGGGAAGGGGUUGGGCAGGCCUUGGUCCAGAGCGUUACGGAUACUAAGGCCCUGACACCAUUGAGUAAUACUAAGAAGGUGGUGGCUCCGGCUCCGGCUCCGGCUCCGGCGGCUGCUUCUUCAGGUGGCUGCUGUGGCGGAGGCAGAAGAUAAUUAGCAUGAUCGUGACAAUGAUUAUUAUUAUUUCAUUUGAUUGGUUACUUACCUGAUAUAUAUUGAAAUGUAUAACGAUAUUUUGUGUGUAUUAUGAUAUUGUACGUGUGUAAUUAUUAAUUAACGGUUUGGGUAUCGUAAAUAAAGAUGG